AUGCCUUUCAAGUAUACUCCCGCAGCCAAAGGUAAAGAAGUCAAGCCUCCACAGAUUCCUUCUCCAGGCAACAACUCUUUCCUUGGUGACAUCUUCACCUCUGACGCACCAUCAGAUAAGCAAAUAUCCUGUGGUUUUUACAAGCAAGAGAAGGGAGAGCCUUUGGAAUAUCACUACGACUACGAUGAGAUGAAGAUCAUCUUGGAAGUUGAAGGUGAAUACACCAUCUCAGACGAAACUGGUAACAAGGUGUCUGUGUCUCCCGGUGACGUCUUCUAUUUUCCAAAGGGUACCACCAUCACUUUCCAAACCACUGGUUACGGCUAUGCGUUCUUCUGUGGUUUGAGACCCAAUGGAACUGCCUGA